UUAAAUUAAUGACCGAUUAAUGUGUUAAUAUACAGGAUUUCACGUUUAUUGGAUUAUUUUAUUGAAAAGCCUCAAUUAACUUCAACAUGCAGUACCAAAAUGCCUCCAGAGACCAACAGCGAACAGGCUCUUUCGGUGACUUUGCUGAGCCCCGCUCCGGCUGGUGGCGUUCAUCUGAUCAGCGCAUGCGCGCGGAGGAGCAGGUGACGGCGCAUGGCAUCUCCUCCAGCGCCGCCGCCGCCGCCGCCUGGCUCGCCGACUAUGCCGAGCAGCGCAUCCGUGUGCGCGGCCGCCACCACCGCAGUGCUCCGGGGGCCACCGAAGAGAACCGCCGAGACGGCAACCGCCAUGCCGACGCGGAGGACGCUGACGGUGCGUUAACCGCGGGAGCGGAGGCCGGCUUCCCCGGUGGGGCUUCGACGGCGGUCGGCUCAAAGUUGAAAAAGUUUCAAUUCGCGUGACGUUGAACCACCGCCAGGAUGAUUGAGGAGAGCAGCAAGCGAGGCAAAGCCGCCGUGGAGAAGAGGCAGCUCUUCAUGGAGAUGAGAGCGCAAAACUUCGACGUGAUCAGACUGUCGACGUACAGGACGGCGUGCAAGCUCCGAUUCGUGCAGAAGCGAUGCAACCUUCACCUGGUGGACGUGUGGAACAUGAUCGAGGCCUUCCGGGACAACGGCCUCAACACGCUGGAGCACCACGCCGAGAUCAACGUGUCGCGGCUGGAGACGAUCCUGUCCUCCAUCUACUACCAGCUCAACAAGCGGCUGCCCACCACGCACCAGAUCAACGUGGAGCAGUCCAUCGGGCUCCUGCUCAACUUCAUGGUGGCCACCUACGACAGCGAGAGCCACGGGAAGUUGACGGUGUUCUCCAUGAAAGCCAUGCUGGCGACCAUGUGCGGGGGCAAGAUAGUCGACAAGCUGCGCUACCUUUUCUCCCAGAUGUCGGACUCGAGCGGCGUGAUGGUGUUCACCAAGUUCGACCAGUUCCUGCGCGAGGUGCUCAAGCUUCCCACGGCCGUCUUCGAGGGGCCCUCCUUCGGCUACACCGAGCACUCGCUCAGGACGUGCUUCCCCCAGCAGAAGAAGAUCACGCUGAACACGUUUUUGGACGUCUUGAUGGCGGACCCCCCACCUCAGUGCCUGGUUUGGCUGCCGCUCAUGCACAGACUCGCUAACGUCGAAAAUGUGUUCCACCCGGUGGAGUGCUCGUACUGCCGCAGCGAGAGCAUGAUGGGUUUCCGGUACCGCUGCCAGCAGUGCCACGGGUACCAGCUGUGCCAGAACUGCUUCUGGAGAGGCCACGCCAACGGACCCCACAGCAACCAGCACCAGAUGAAGGAGCACUCGUCCUGGAAGUCUCCGGCCAAGAAGCUGAGCCACGCCAUCAGCAAGUCGCUGGGGUGCGUUCCCAUGGGCGAGCCCCCCCAUCCCGUCUUCCCCGAGCAGGCCGAGAGACCCCCGGAGGCCCCUCACAACGUCGUCUUGGAGAGUCCCAGCCGGUUGGACGAGGAGCACCGACUCAUCGCCCGCUACGCCGCUCGCCUGGCGGCCGAGGCGGGCAACUCCACGCAACAAUGUCCUCCCUCCGACUUGGCAUUCAACUUCGACGCCAACAAGCAGCAGCGGCAACUGAUCGCCGAGCUGGAGAACAAAAACAGGGAGAUCCUGCAAGAGAUCCAGAGGCUCCGACUGGAGCACGAGCAGGCGUCGCAGCCCACGCCGGAGAAGGCCCAGCAGAACCCGACGCUGCUCACGGAACUCAGGCUGCUCAGGCACAGGAAGGACGAGCUGGAGCGCCGCAUGUCGGCCUUGCAGGAGAGCCGGCGGGAGCUGAUGGUGCAGUUGGAGGGGCUCAUGAGGCUUCUUAAGGACGAGGAGCAGAAGCAGGCGUCGCAGUCGGGCGGCUCCCCCCACUCGUCGCCCGGCCACGGGGCCGGCGGCUGCCCCAUGCCCAUGCCCAUCCGCUCCACCUCGGCCGGGUCCACCCCCACGCACACGCCCCAGGACUGCCUGGCGGGCGUGGGGGGCGACGUGCUGGAGGCCUUCGCUCAGGGCGUACCUCGAAAUCUGCGCAACGACCUCCUGGUGGCCGCCGACUCCAUCACCAACACGAUGUCGUCGCUGGUCAAAGAGCUCCACUCAGUGGACGACGGGGCCGACGAGGAGGAGACCAACAUCAGAAACGGCGGCGAGAGAGGCACGAUGCGAGUACAGAAGCAGUGAAGCCGAAGGCGCCGCGAGGUCCUCCGGGAACGACCGGCAACGCCGCCGCCGCCGCCGCCGCCGUUGCGCCAUUCGCACGUUAGACUACUGCAUGCUGCAUCAUCCAAACACAAUUUCACCACGUGAAAAAGAAAAAGACAAAAAAGGGGCGUCGAAACGGCCAGUGUGUGUCGUGUUGUGCGGCCGGCGCUUGCGCAUUUGUGUACAUGUCGAGCGCACCCCUGCGGCGUCGGCCUCGCCGCUUUCGAUCCAUUUCGGAAGCUGUUUUUUUUUUUUUU